CGAUAAUAUUAUCCAUGAGUCAUUACCGCCACCACGUAUCUCAUUAGCUGAGAAAUUUCAAUUUGGUUUAGUUCACCUUUGACAUCUAGAAACAACACGUCUCCUUCUUCUCGUCUCUUAUAUUUUCUAAUUGGUUUACUAUACAUUGUAGUGGAGUUGUCAUCUAGGGCGAAGAAGAAAUAUCAAUUACUAAUCAUAAAUAAUGGACAUUCUUAAUAACGGACCUACUGCAGGAUGCCCUUUAACACCAGAUUCACGAUGUUCAAUUUGUUUGGAUGAUUUAACCAAUAAUUGUUAUACAAAUGCAUGUUUUCAUUUGUUCUGUUUUGACUGUUUACAACGAUGGUCAGAUUCUGAACCAACUUGUCCAUUAUGUAAGAAAACAUUUAAUUAUAUUUAUCAUUCAUUUGGUGAUCUGGGCAUCCAUGAGACAUACACUAUUCCUAUAAUAGCCAGAACACCAGGUCCAAUUCCAAGAAGUCCAAGAAGUCCAAGUCCAGAUAACAUACGGCAAUUUAGUGAAAUGUCAAAUGGUAACAGAUCUAGUUUUGAAUCUGAAGAUGGUGGUUUACCUCGUAUAUCAUUUCCAUCUCAAGUAAGAAGAGGUUCAUUAGAUCGACCAAUUGACAGGAGACGAAGAAUAUCUAGUAUGGAAUCUGAAUAUGCUGAUUUACCUCGAAUAUCAUUUCAAUCUCAAGUAGGAAGAGGGAGUCCUAAUUGAUCAGAUGAUCAAGAAUCCAUAUUUUGCUACUCAAGGUUCUCAAAUAGCUCAUAUAAAAUCUCGAGAUAUUAAGAAAAAAAUGAAAAAAAAAUAAAAAUAUAUCUAUGAUUCAUAAUCUCAAAACCCAGUACCAACAGAAAUCUUUCAUAUCCAGGAUCAUCUUCCACUUCAGAAGAAACAUAUAUACAAUUAUGAUUUCAUUUUAUAUUUUCUUAUUAAAUAAUGUAUGUAUAUA